CUCUCAGAAUACCUAUCACUUACACGAGCUAGCACUUGCCGAUUUACAACGCAAUUUGUGACAAUUUUGACAUUCAUCGACUACGCUCCAAGUUCGCGGACAAGUUCCUUCAUCCUCGGACGCACCGGCAAGACGAUUAAGAAGAAUAAGGUAAGUCUGGGGGUUUAUGCGUUAGCAGCCGGCGAAGCAAGCCCUCGCGCGGACCUCAGGGACCGAUUCGUGGACCGCGCGAAGUGUAGUUUGGGUUAGCUGGUCAGGGUCUCUUGCUAGCUUACCUGGUUAUUAAAAUGGAUUGCUAGCCAGAAAGGGGCGAAGGGCAGGGCCUUGCUUCACAGACCGCCAUUGGGGGAGCUGCGAAGCGUUGACCAAUCUCCUUGCGUGAGCCGGGCCCUUUCCUGAGUCUGUAGGAAUGAAGCCGAAGAGCAGAAUUUGCCCGGCUAUGCCUUAGACCAACGCUGCAGAUCCGCCCCCCCUUCCAGCCUAAGGGUCCUUUAUCCAACCUCGAGCCGCCUUCGCCGAAGACCGCAGCUCGCAAGAGGCCCACUAGCGGUGGGCCUAAGUAUGCUGGCUAGCAGAGACGGGGUAGAAGCGAGAGCGCUGAGGCUUCAGCGCUGCAGGGCACCGAAGCAACCUAGUCGGGGUGAGGGCCCAAGCAUGCAGAAUGGGACACCCCUCGCGGCGCCACCUAGCUACCUAGUGGAUAACGAGUAGGAUGCUACCGUGUACAGAGUCGACCCCUCUUGCCUUUAGCGUGCCCGGAGGCUGCCUCCGGGACUGCCACGCUGCCUGCCGCUACCUAUUAGCAUGCCCGGAGGCUGCCUCCGGGACUGCCACGCUGCCUGCCACUACCUAUUAGCGUGCCCGGAGGCUGCCUCCGGGACUGCCACGCUGCCUGCCUCCGGGACUGCCACGCUGCCUGCCACUACCUAUUAGCGUGCCCGGAGGCUGCCUCCGGGACUGCCAUACCGCCUGCAGCUGCCUUGCGUGCCCGAAGUCGGCAUCUGUACCGCUGCGCCACCUGCCAUUGCCCAUAGCGUGCCCGGAAGCUGCCUCUGAACCUCAACGCCGCCUGAGGCUGCCUCGUGUGCACGGAGGCUGCCUUGCAUGCCUGGAUGCUGCCCCUGCACUGCCAUGUCCUGCCACUGCCUUGCGCGCCUAGAGUCGCCCUCCGCAUCCCUACGCCGCCUGCCAUUGCUUUUGUGCGGCUCGAGUCGCCCUCCUCACCCCCACGCCGCCUGCCAACGCCUAUGAUGAGCCCGGAGGCUGCCUCCUGGACUGCUAUGCCGCCUGCCGUUGCCUUGUGUGCCCGGAGGCUGCCUCGGGGACCGCCGCACCGCCUGCUGCAGUCUUGCGCGCCUAGAGUCGCCCUCCGUACCACCACGCUGCCUGCCAUUGCCUAUACCAUGCCCAGAGUCGGCCUCCGCACCUCCACGCUGCCUGCCAUUGCCUAUACCGUGCCCAGAGUCUGCCUCCGCACCUCCACGCUGCCUGCCAUUGCCUAUACCGUGCCCAGAGUCUGCCUCCACACCUCCACGCUGCCUGCCAUUGCCUAUAGUGAGCCCGGAGGCUGCCUCCAGGACCGCCACGCCGCCUGCCACGGCCUUGUAUGCCCGGAGGCUGCCUCCUCGCUGCCACGCCGCCCCAUCCGCAUCGCCUGCUGUAGAUAAUGACGCGGGCCAGGAGCGCCCAGAGGGCAUCGGAUGCCCAGCUACCCCCCUCCCCCGGAGCUCGCCGUGCUGCCCCGCUGAAGCAACCACGCCAGCCACCACCGCCACCUUACCGCCCCAGCCAGUCAGCGCCCUGCAGCGGGCACCACCACAGCCCGCCACGCACCACCCACGUGACUUGGGAAGAGCCGACCUUCGCCGACUAACCGCCGCCACGGGCUUGCCUACUCACAGCACCAGCACCACCCGCACCCUUCCUGCCGCCGCGCACCAAGCCGCCCAGCCCACCUACCCCUUCAGCCGCUACGCAGCAGAGGGCCCCCACGCAGUCAGAAGCGCCGCCAGCACCAUACCCUCGACUCGUCAAAUCCCAGGGUCCCCUCCCCCUUCCUUAACAGCCUAUAUGCGCGCUACCCCAGCCAGGCAGCCGAGCCAGACUGCCACCCACACAUCACAACUGAGCAUCUCCGCUUCGGCACCGUGCUCCGCACGACGUCGACGCCACUGGUUACCACCGGGAGCCGACAUCCCAUUCCCGAGCCUACGCCAGCUUACGGCCCCGUUGCGAUUGCCCCACGAGGUCUGGGGCAGCGCGCAACUGCGCGCACAUGUCCGCGGCAAAUAGCAGAAAGGCAGGCAGCGAUGCGCAACAUGCAUGCCCCUCCGCCGCCUGUUAAAGUGCAGCUGGCGGGGGGUGUAGGGUGGCCAGGAGAGAAUGCAACCCGCACCGCCAUCUCCUGCACCGCUCCCGCCUGGCGUGCCGCCACCUUCGCCGAAGCCGCCCAGCCCUGCACCGCCAUCUCCUGCACCGCUCCCGCCUGGCGUGCCGCCACCUUCGCUGAAGCCGCCCAGCCCCGCACCGCCAUCUCCUGUGCCGUUCCCGCCUGGCGUGCCGCCACCUUCGCCGAAGCCGCCCAGCCCCGCACCGCCAUCUCCUAAACCGCUCCCGCCGGGCGUGCCGCCACCCUCGCCGAAGCCGCCCAGCCCCGCACCGCCAUCUCCUUCACCACUCCCGCCGGGCGUGCCGCCUCCUUCGCCGGAGCCGCCCAGCCCCGUAGGGAAUGGCGGCCUUGCGGAUAGCGUAGGCGGCAGGCAGGCCGUUGUGGAUGCGAGUAGCUGUUAGCCAGCGGUGGGAUAGCUGCGACAGGAGCACGAACGUUACACAGCCUAUAGUGCAGGUACCCGAUAGCGCAGGUAGACGAUAGCGCAGGUAGACGAUAACGCAUGUAGCCGCUAAUGCUUGGUUAGUGGUAGCGCUAAGCGUCCGCUAGAGGUGUUCGCUAGCAUGUAGCCGUGAGUCAAGGUAGUCGAGGCAGAUGGGCAAUCACGGGCCAGUAGGUGCCAACAACGGCGGGCGACAUACUGGCUAUGCAAGGGGGCUCCCACUGAGCGAAAGGCUUAGCGGGAUAGGCUGGUAUUGGGUGGCUGGGUACCCGGCUCGUACGGUAGAGGCGCCUUCAGGCUUGUGUCCCCCCGCAUCACUUGACGGCUGACGGUCUGUGUCAGGCGGCAUGUAGUGGCACAGUCCCCGGGUCGCUCCAGCUUUACUCUACUUAACUAAUAUAGGCUUGAUUGGAUGACUUGGUUGACGAUGAAGAAGAAGGAUUAUAGGUUGAGAGGUAGUGGAAAGACUAGCGUCAGCCAGCUUUAAAUAGGGCGCCGCCCUGUACGACUCAUUCAGAUCAUCCAUUCCGGGAUCGGUUACUCGAGUCGCAUUGCGAGAUCAUUAGCGUCAUCAUAGACGUGGCUACUAGCCUCUUUAGGCGUAUGACCCAUACUUAUAUUUCCACUUAUAAAUCCACCUUGUGUUACAACAUUGCCUCCCCCCUUUAAGAGUUUGCGUCCGCGCAACUCCUUUGACGUACAGCUUCUAGCGUUGAAGCCAUGUCAGGGGUAAAGUUUGUAGCUGGCUCCCAGCUAUUAUGUUCGUCCGUGUACCCUUGCCAUUUCACAAGGUACUCAUCUACGUACGAACGUUUUCCCGUUUUUCGACGACGGUAAUCAAGUACCCUUUCAACCGGCAGAUAGCUAUCUUCAGACGAAUCCUGCCAUUCGGGCAAUGUUUCUGGUGGCAGUGGCUUAAACGAGCCAUCUGAUUUGUAUGGCUUCACCAUACUAACGUGAAACACGUUGUGAAUCUUCAGAUUGCCUGUUAGAGUAAGGCGCACAGCAGCCUUCCCUAUCAUCUUUUCCACAGGAAAAGGUCCAAUCCAACGAGGUUGGAGCUUGCGUGUAGCCUUACCCUUCGUACGAAGGUUUUUCGUACUCAGUAAAACCAUGUCACCUGGGUGGAACUCCACCUCUCUUUUAUCUUGGUUAUAGUAAGCAGCGGUCCUAUCUUGGGCUGCUUUCAAGCACCGCUUUGCUUCAGACAGUCGGUCUUGCAAAGUUUUACUCAUGUCAACAGCAGCUGGUACGGUAGUAUCAAGUUCACGUACCAAGGGUGUAGCCGGAUGCCAUCCGUAAUUCAGGAAGAAUGGUGUUUGACCAGUGGAACGAUUCACGGUGUUGUUGGCGGCAAACUCUGCCAUUGACAACGCCUCAUCCCAUGAUCGUGGUUCAGAAGAGCAGUAAUUCCGUAACAUGUCACCAAGAACACGAUUCAUCCGUUCUGUUUGACCAUCUGUUUCCGGAUGGAAUGCUGUUGACAGGCUUGGGUUGAUAUCAAUCAUUUUAGCUAACUGUUGCCAAAAUCGACCAGCAAACUGAGUUCCUCUAUCAGAGACUGUUUGCUUGGGUACCCCAUGUAAACGUACGACAUUUUGGAAGAACAUCUUCGCCGUUUGUUCUGCGGUCACGCUCUUUUGCGUUGGAACGAAAUGAGUCAUCUUCGUAAGUCGAUCAACGAAAACCAGGAUAGCAUCGUACUGCCGUGCCGUACGUGGUAAUCCCGUAAUGAAAUCCAUUGAGACACUGUCCCAUGGCAUCUCAGGUAUUGGUAAUGGUUGCAAGAGACCUGGCUGCUUGCCGGAUCUUGCUUUGUUUCGUUGGCAUUGAUCACAAGCCAACACAUGUUGUCGUACAUCCGUAACUACACCAGGCCACCAGUGAGUUCGUUGUACAAGUUCCAAUGUACGGGUUACACCUGGAUGUCCUGCCAUUGGGUCUCCAUGGCAGCGAGUAAUCAACUCUUUGCGUAAAUCAUUAUGAUUUGGUACCAUUACCCUUUUCUUGCCAUCAGGGCAGGUUUUAAUCCAAAACCCUUCUGCAUUUCGUUCCAUGUCUGUCAGAUUGCCGUUAUCACGGAACCAUGGGUCUUUGGCAUAACCAGCUAGAAUACGAUCUCGUAGCGUCUGACGCGUUUGACCACGGGUCACCACGUUUAAAAGGGGGUGUCUGCUGAGGGCAUCAGCAACGUUGGUUUUACCUGAUCGGUGUUCCCAAUUCAUGUGAAACCGACACAGAAACUCUAACCAACGAGCUUGUCGCCGACUCAAGGUUGGUUGCGUUUUCAGGUAAAUGAGCGGAUGGUGAUCCGUAACAACUUUCAAGUCUUGGGGACCUUCCAGGUAACAUCGCCACUCUCUGAGUGCGUGUAUCACCCCGAGCAACUCUUGCUCACCCGUUGUAUAGUUACGCUCAGCAGGUGUAAACUUCUUGCUGGUAAAAGCCACAGGUUUACCAUCUUGAAGUAGCACAGCUCCUGUUCCCCUUAAUGACGCAUCCGAGAUCACUUCGAAAGUGAAAGGUCGUGUCAUGUCUGGAUAUCUUAACAGAACAUCAUCUGCUAGUGUAUUUUUCACCGAAUUAAAAGCUUGAAUCCUUUCAGGAGUCCAAUCCUCCGGACGGACUUGACCACCACCUCGCAACAUAUCCGUCAGGGGGGCACUGAGCGAGGCGUAAGCUUUAAUAAACUUACGAAAGUAGUUUGUUAAUCCAAGGAAUUGUCGUAACUCUGUUACGUUCUUUGGCAACGGCCAUUCCCUCACGACCUUCACUUUCUUAGAGUCCAUGCGAAUACCGUCGGCACAUACAAUGUGACCGAGAUAUUCUAAAUGUGACUGCGCCCAGUGGCACUUAGACGCUUUUGCAUGGAAUCUCUCUCGUCGCAGCACUUCAAGCACUUGCUCCAAGUGUUUUAAGUGCUCUUCACGACUCUUGGAAUAUACCAGGAUAUCAUCUAGGUAUACAACGACAAACUUGCCAAGGUAGGGCUGAAAGAUUCGGUUCAUGACAGCCUGAAACGUGGCUGGCGCAUUGGACAAUCCGAACGGCAGUACAACGUACUCGUAGUGUCCCAUGGGUGUGCGAAACGCAGUCAGCGGCACAUCCUCAGCCCGAAUCUUGAUUUGGUUAUAACCUUGCUGAAGGUCAAUGGACGAGUAGAUCACGCUACCGCCUAAACUGUCCACCAAAUCAUCUAUCCGUGGCAACGGAUAGCGGUUCUUCACCGUUUGUGCAUUCAGCCCUCGAUAAUCCAC